AUUUAAUUUAAUAUUUCUUCUGCCCGAACAAAGCACAAUUUAACUUUUACAAAAAAUAUAAAUGAAUUAAACACAGAGGCAAAAAAGAUUUCGCCAAACUUACAAUGGCAGCGGAAAACUACCACCUUAAAUGGGAUUCCCAUCUUUCCUAUUUGAAUUCAUCUGUUGCAACGCUUUAUAAAAACGAAAAGUUUGCUGAUGUAGUUCUCUAUAGUUCAAGCAGUCAUUGUGCCAGUGGAAGUUCUUCAGAAAAUGGCAUUCCUACAGUGGGUAUAUCGGCUCACAAAUUUAUACUUAGUUCAUGCAGUCAAUUCUUUGCAACGAUGUUUGAAACAGCUCCUAUUGCCGCGCCCAAUGGAGUUCUUUACGUUGUGCUUCCACCGGAUUUAAGCCAUCGCGCAAUACAAAUUUUAGUACAAUAUAUGUACAGUGGUGAAGCAACAGUGUCUAAUGAUAUCUUAAGUGAAGUUUUACGUGGAGGUGAAAUUUUAAAAAUAAGAGGCUUGUGUCGCACACCAAACUCCCACCAUAGAGAUCCAGCAGGAACUAAUAAUUAUGGCACAAAUGGUAAUCGACCACUGCAACUUAUCAAUAAUAAUCAGCUUCCUAACACACACGCUAGUGAUAUCUACAUUUCAAAUAAAUGUGCACGAGACAACAAUGUUUGUGGUAGUCGCUAUUCCAUUGAACAUGCUCACCAGCAACAAAUCCGCGGAUUAGGAGCCUCUGUAAUGCCGAAAGAUAGUCCAGUUAUAGUUAAAUCUCCUAAACUUUCACAAAUGGGUCUCCUAGCACCUCUUAAUAAACAUCACUCGGGUGGUAUAUCGAUUAAUAAAGAUGUAGCUAUAGAUCCAGAAGAUAAAUGUUGUUACCAAGCAAAUCAACAUGAAACGCUGCCUCCUGUUGUGGGUAAUAUAGCACAAUGCAAUGAAGUGGGCUGCAGCAGUUGCCCUAUACCAACAGAAAAUGAACAUAUACGGAAUCGUCAACGAGUUCAUAGUGGAGAGUCUGCAGUGUCUUCAUUACGUAUGUCAAGUGACCGUUUGGAUAGAGAUUUCAUAGAACCACCUCCUGAUGAGCGCUGUGACAGUGAUGAAAAUAAUAUGUAUUAUGGACGGCGAUUACGCAGAGAGAGUGAUAAGGAUCGAGUUAGAGAUUAUUACACAUCUGAACAUUAUGAACAUCAAGCUGUUACUGGUCACAAACAAUUCGUAGAAUCGGCGGCUCCCCGACUCACACCACCACAUGCGCACAACUUUUUGCCUAUUAAGCAAGAACCGGCAGAUUGGUCCACACCAGGUGGAAGUGAAAAUAGUAGUGAUAUUAUAAAUAGACAAAACACGCCAAUUCAUUCUCCGAAACAACCAUUGGAUUUCAAAAUUCCAUUAGGUAAUACCGCAGUAAAACUAGAAACAGUAUCGACAAAUAGUGCGGAUGAAGAAGAACCGCCCAGGCCACAAAAUGAUUAUGAUACAUUUACACGAUUAGUAUGUGAAAUUUGCAAAAAAUCCUUUGAUGAUCCAAAAACAUGGGUCCGUCAUCUCGAAACUCACGCACAAACUCAACCCAUCAUUCAUAAUCCAUCAGCUACUAGCACAGCGACAAGUAGCAAUAUUUCUACAUCCAAUGGUGAUACUUUAGCUAAAACUUUCGUGCCAAAAAAGCGUAGAAGAGUAUCGCAACACGACAACAAUGUAGACCACGUAACACUUCUCUGUGAUUUAUGUUCCACCUCUUUUGAAACUCCGGCUGAGUGGGUGCGCCACAUGAAUAACCAGCACACCGAAAUAGAAUUAGCUAUCUUCAACAAUAAAAAGGACAGUGAACAAAAAAGCAACAAUUCUUCCACUACAAGCUCUUCUACUGCUUCCAACAGUCACCAGCAACAGUCAUCAAGUCACAAAAAAUUUUCAAAUCGACCCUAUAGCACUGAUCAGCAAGAUCGUGUAUGCGACAUUUGUCAGAAGAAGUUUUCAUCUAAUAGCAGCCUGUUGCAGCACAAACGUAGCCACACUCAUGGUACAAAUUCCACUCAUAGUAGCGCUCACGCGACUAGAUCCUUGUCACCAGAGCAAUUGAACUCGGCCUCCACACAGGCUUGAUGCACUUCGUCGCUUAACUCGUAAACGCACAAAAAUAGCAACUAAAACGGAGCUAAGACAUUUACUAAGACAUGAAAAUGGAGUGAGAAGCAACAAUUUACCUAAGUCGUUCCAGGAGAAUCAAAAUUAAAACAAAAUUUGAAAUUUGAAAUUUGAAACGAAAACAAAUCGAAUUAAUUUUUUAAAAUUAAAUGAAUCGAAUUAAAAAUCGAAGCAAACGAAGAAACCCCCACUUUCAAAGCUGACAACGGUGCCCAUUUUUUGAGGAAAUACUGAAAAGUUCUGUGGCGCUCGGUUGUCGGUACUAUUUUUGAACCAAUUUGGAACUCAGAUUUAUGUGUGUUUUAAGAUUUUAAAUUUAUCGUAGCAGUUAAGCAGUUUUAAACUAAUUAUUGAU